UAACAAGUGUUUGGGCUUUUAGGCGUGAGGGGGUCCAAUUUCUUUAGUCUACUUGUUUGUUUUGUUGGUCGAAGAAGAACCCAGAGGCAAUGAGCGUUGAAAAUUGUAUUGAAGGGUUCUUUUAAAGAAGGGAAGUGGGAUUUAGAAAGCGAGAGAUAUGAAAAUGGCAGUGGUGUAUCCUCUGGAACACAUGAUUUGCCCAGGGAAAAAGGGUAACGCUAGAAACAAGAAAGAUUAAAGUAAAAGGGAGGUUGCGAUGUAAUUAUAGGGUUCAAAAGCAAAACCCAGCCCUGCUUCUAUCCUUUUUAGUUUUCGAUUCUCCUCUCUCCUCCCCUUCACGGGUUCACAGAUUCCUUCACGGAAGCUUUUGCAAGCACCCCAAGAGAACCCAGAGCCAGGCCAGGCCAGGCCCUCUUUCUGUUCUUUCUCCUUUCGCCUCCAUGGCUGCAGAGCCAAGCCAAACAACAAAUCGGUCAAGCCAGACAAAUCAUCCUUGCUGUCUACUCUUUUAAUGCUCACAUUCUCUUUUCAGCUAUACUCUUAUCUUUCCCUUUCUCUUCUUUGUUUUUCUUUUGAUUUGAAUCCCAAAUACGACUAAACUUCAGUGGCAAAUCUUGUAGUUUCUGUGGGAAAUGGAGAAAAGGGGGAGUUAAUUAUCAGAAUUUCAGGCUCAAGGAGGAAACCCCAUCUCGUUUCCUUGUUGUUAUCUUGCUUUCUUCACUUUCGCCAUUUUGAUUAUUGUUUGUAUUCUUCUGGGUGUGCCCAAUGAGGAAGCACGGAUGGCAACUUCCAUAUCAUCCUCUCCAGGUGGUUGCGGUUGCUGUAUUUCUGGCUCUGGGGUUUGCUUUCUAUGUCUUCUUUGCUCCCUUUGUUGGGACGAAGGUUUUUCAGUAUGUCAUGAUUGGCCUAUAUACUCCUCUUAUUACGUGUGUGUUCGGCCUAUAUAUCUGGUGUGCGGCAGCUGACCCUGCAGACUCGGGAGUGUUUAAAUCAAAAAAGUAUGUCGAUAUUCCGGAUGAAGGAAAGUGUUCUCAACAUAAAAGUUCUAAACUCGGUGAGGAAUCGGUGAUAUCCACACGUGAUCCCAAUGCCGUCUCUAUGGAAGAAAAAUCUGUCGGUAAAGAUACUACUGGUGGUGUAGAUGCAAAUUCUAAGGACCUACUGCAGAAAGAGAAUGAUAGUCCAGCAUCAAAGUUGUCCUGUCUUUCGUUGGCGUGCUUCCCUUGUGCAUAUGUGUGCAAUUGUUCGAGUUCAAAAGAGGAAUCUUCCGAGCAACACAUGAGUGAAGAUGGCAUGUUUUACUGCAGUUUGUGUAAAGUGGAGGUUUUCAAGUACAGCAAGCACUGUCGAGUUUGCGAUAAAUGUGUCGAUCGUUUUGAUCACCAUUGCCGGUGGCUUAACAACUGUAUUGGUCGGAAGAACUAUCGGCAAUUUUUCACCCUCAUGGUUACCUCUCUCCUCCUGCUUAUUGUACAAUGGUCGAGUGGAAUCCUUGUUUUGAUCUGCUGUGUGGUCGAGAAAAAACGUUUCUCUGUGGAGAUCUCCUCGAAGUUGGGUAGCAGUUUUUCUUUGGCACCCUUCAUUGUCGUAGUGGCGGUUUGUACGAUCUUGGCUAUGAUAGCAACACUGCCACUUGCUCAACUCUUCUUUUUUCACAUCCUUCUCAUAAAGAAGGGAAUUACAACAUAUGAUUAUAUCAUAGCUCUAAGGGAGCAGGAGCAAGAGCAACAGGGAGUUGGUGGCCAGCAAAGUCCUCAAAUGUCUGUUGUCAGCUCAUUAACUGGACUAAGCAGUGCGAGCUCGUUCUCUACUCUCCACCGAGGUGCAUGGUGCACUCCGCCACGCUUGUUUCUUGAAGAUCAGUUUGAUGUGAUUCCACCAGAGACGGGGUCUGUUAGUUCUCUAGGAAAGAGGACGGUUAGUGAAGAAAUAACAAAGAAAAAGAACCCCGCCGCUGUAAGGAUCAGCCCAUGGACUCUUGCAAGACUAAAUGCUGAUGAGGUUUCAAAGGCUGCUGCAGAAGCAAGGAAGAAGUCCAAAAUUCUGCAGCCUGUGGUUAGAUCAGCAACUCCUUUUGAACGAGAAACAGAUAGCGGUUUUGGCAGUAGUAGUCAUCGAAUGGUUUCACGACCUGAAAAUAAUAGAAGGCGAGGGAAUAAACGAGUGCGUCUUCCAGCUGAUCUACCUAUGCAACGCGUGACGAAUAUUCCAGCAAAAGCUGUUGAAAAAGGUUUCUCUGGCACAUCAACCAGCCUUGGUCCUCUUCAGCUUGAAGCACGCAGUGCUUUCCAAACAAGUAGAGCAAUGUCGAGCUCCACCAUGGUCGCCUCUUCUCCAGAGAGCAGUUUGGACUCGCCCGACAUCCAUCCAUUUCGAAUAUCCUCCUCCGGAGCUGAAGAGUCUAAGAGACUCACGGGUUUAUCCGCAGCUAAUGCAGCUGCUGCUCUAAAGGGACUUCCACUGUCAAGGUCAACAAGUGAUGGAUAUGAAGCUUCAGGUGGGGAGGACAGCGAUCGUGUUCCUUCGAGGAUUGUUCAACGACCGACAACCUGGAACAACAUCUUAUAUGGUUCAGAUCACGAAGAGAGGCUUGCCCAACUGCAAGCAUCAUCUUCUAACCAGAUUAACCAAAAACAUACCCCAUUAUGAGCUUUCCGAACAGGUUCAUCCCAAUAUCGUCCCGGUGCAAAGCUAGUAAUUCUUUCAUUCUCCAUCCAAGGAAUUCAAGCAUCAAUCAAACAACCUAUUCUGUAAAGUGAAACACUGUCUUGGCUCUGCAAUCAGAGAAUCAAGACAUCACAGAAGAUGAAAAUAGAAAACUGAGUUAGCUGAUGCCGAUCUCGACAGUCGAAUUUAUUAGUUUAUUGUUCGAAACUCCGGGAUUUGGCUUGGAUUGCUUUUGUGAACUUGUGUUAGUUUCAACGGAUGAAUUCUUGUUAUGAUUCAUCUUCAAUGAUGCGCUUCAACACUA